UUCACCCGGACAUAUUUUGGAGGCGGACGCACUACAAUGGCAACAUGCACGACAAGUACCGAGGAUAAAGAUAUCACAGAUCCAGGAGCUGCACCUCAUGGCAACUUCAUAAACUAUUACACCUUCAAUCCUCCUGAAGAGCGUUUGAGACUGAUACCAGCUACACUCCUUCAGGAACUAAGACGCAGCGAGGCUCAUGAAGACACGCUGGUCCUGGACGUGGGAUGUAACUCAGGAGAUCUGAGUGUGGCCUUAUACAAGCACCUGGUUCAGGAGCCGGCAUGUGCAGAGGAGUCAGAAAACAGGAAAGUUCACCUCCUGGGCUUCGACCUGGACGAGAAGCUCAUCCAGCGGGCUCAGCAGACCAACCCUCUGCCCGACUACAUCUCCUUCAUCCCUCUGGACAUCACUCAAGACACACACCAGCUGCAGGACUACCUCAACCAGCAUGGCAGCUCCCACUUCCACCUUUGUGCGUGCCUGGCUGUCACCAUGUGGAUCCACCUGAACCACGGAGACUCCAGCCUGCUGCAGAUGCUCUCUCACCUCGCCUCCAUCAGCCAGCAUCUCCUGCUCGAGGUGCAGCCCUGGAAGUGUUACCGCAGUGCAGCCCGGCGUCUGAGGAAGCUGGGCCGCUCAGACUUUGAACACUUUAAGACCCUCAAGAUCCAAGGGGACAUAGCAGAACAUGUCAGGGAGCAUCUGGAGAAACACUGCAGCAUGGAGCUCUUACAGAUCUUUGGCUGCACCACGUGGUCCCGGAAGCUGAUGCUUUUUAAAAGAAGACGAGACUGAGCGUCAAAGCUGCAUUGUGCUGCAGUUUAACAAUUUUUAAGCUCACCUGCAUAUUGUGUAAAAUAUGAAUGCUUUUGUGUACAGACAGGUGUUCAUCUUUGACUAAAAAGAUAGUAAACACUUUGUUUUGUUUACUGUAACCUGAAGAUGUUAAAUUUGGCUCCAGCACCUGCUCAAAGAACAUUCAUUUAUUUUCUGACAUUGAAUAGAUGCAAGUAGUGAUCAAUGAAUGUAUCAUAAAUGGACAGAUACAUCUACUAUACAUGAAGGGCUGCAAUAUAUAACUAUUGUCAUUACAAUCAAAGUUAUUCUCUCAUUUCUUUCAUGAUUGAUCAUUGAAUCUAUUAAAUGUCAGUACAAAAAGAGAAGAAUGUCCAGAGCAUGAGUUAUCUUCACAUGUCUUGUUUUUUAUCUUACCAACAGUCCCAAUCUUAAAAUAAUAAAGACAUCAAAAUGUA